AUGUCGAAACGGCCGACGUUGAAUCUGUUAGCGAAUCUAGAAAAUCAGGACCUCGCCUUUACCCCUAACGCCACUCUUGAUAAACGAGAUGCCAAGUCUUCUCUCUCCCAUCCCCGAGGCCGUUCUUCCUCCUCCUCAUCUUCCUCCAUGAAGGAUGGCACUCUGAGAACUGUUUUUAUUGACAGUUCCCUCAUGAAAGCACGCUCACAGUCCUUGGCUCGCUAUCCUCCAUAUUACCACCAAGAACGUCAAGGUAGCUCACACCGUGGCAGAAGUUCUCGUCAAACCAGAUUUGACGACUCCAGUAGUAGCCGUGACAGCAGUAGUACCAGCAGCACCGGCAGCAGUAGUAGCGGAACGUAUGACCAGGACAUCUCACUAGUACGGCUGAUUGCGAUCAAUCCACGCAAUGGGAAAAGUGUAGCUAAGGAGGGUCGAAUGUUUGUUUUCGACUCCAAGAAGUACAAGAUUGAGAAACUGCCAGGUCAUAGUCGAAAAGUGCGCCAUCAUCGUCAGAGUCAUAAAUCAGACAAUUGGUCAAAGAAUGGAACUUCCUACGUGACCUACAGAGGCGGGAAAUCUCAACCCAUCUACCUGAUUGACUUGGAACCUGGGGAAAUGCACUAG